AUGCGGCACCACGGAACGCCCUAUUCGAUUCGACAAGCUCUGCAAAAAUGCUACCUAGAGUAUACCCGGCCGAGACCAAGCACACUUGCGCAGAGACGAGCCUUCCACGACUACUUCGUGACGCAUUUGCCUUCGACUUCUCUUUCGCCAGACAAAUCAGGUCCAAGCCAUCAUAAGCUGCCGCGGUCACAAUCGAAGCCUCACGAGGGACCCUCGCCGAGAAGCUCUCAGCUGCCGAGCACAGCACCAUCACGCGAAACGACAGUCGUUCGGAUACCACUCAAGAGUGCAAAGCAUCAUUUUGGUGCCGGUGUCAGUAGAGGCAGCAGGCCGUACAAUGAAGACACAUAUCAAGCUGGAACGGUGGAAAUACCGGCCUUUGCGAAGAAGCAGCCCGUCAGCAUAAGCGGCAAGCGUGACAUCUCACAAGGCAUAGCUUCCACUCGAGACACCGGCGACCCACAGGUUUUCUACUUUGCCGUGUUCGAUGGUCAUGGCGGCAGUGAGUGCUCAGAGUUCUUGCGCGAUAGACUACACGGCUACAUUGAGGAGGCAGCUCUCCUCUUCGGCAUGGAGAGCACACUUCGGAAGGAAGACGGACAGGAUGUCUAUUACUCGGACGGCGGCAUUAUGGGUGAGCAGGAUCCAGAGGACUUACAGAAGAGCCUCGUGAGCUCGUGGAAAGAGACCGUUGGUGGCUACUUCAAAAGAUUCAAGCCAGAGUACUUUCCAGCUGUGUCUGGAGAAGGCGAAGCGUCUGCGAGUAACAAUAGUUCUAUCGAGACGGUCCUCACGUACGCCUUCUUGAAGGCAGAUUUAGAUUUCACGACUGCCCAGGCAGCAAAACACAGCAAAGAUGCAGGCUCACAGGAAGCAACACUUCGCGAGAGAUUAUCCUCGAUGAACGACCCUGUCAUGGACGAUCGCUCCUCGCCUGACCUUGAUGAGGCAAUUGGUGGCAGCACGCGAUUCAAAGGAGGCUCGACAGCGUCGGUAGCACUGGUCUCAACUCCCACGCCAACUCCCUUCUGGCACCCGAACAGUCCAUGCACGCUCAUAGCAGCGCAUGUUGGAGAUACCAGGAUCCUACUGUGCCGCACGAGCGACGGAGCCGCUGUGCCGAUCACGGCUAAUCAUCACCCUUCCAUGCCGACCGAGGCCAGUCGACUUCGAAGAUAUGCUGCCUCCUUCGUCACAGAUAGCUUCGGCGAGGAAAGAGUCCUGGGGCUGGCAAACACUCGUGCAUUUGGCGACAUUGGCAGCAAACGCAUCGGCGUCUCAGCCGAGCCGCAGCUCACUACUGUGGAGAUUCCCCCAGCAGGGUACGCAUUCAUCGUGCUCGUCUCCGAUGGCGUGUCUGGCCAUCUCGAGGACCAAGAGAUUGUCGAUAUUGUGAAAGAAGCGAAGACGCCUGAUCAGGCCUCGAAAGAUUUGGUCAGCUUUGCCGUUGAGACUGCGGGCGAUGCGGAUAAUGCAACUGCCUUGGUCGUUCGCCUCGGUGGCUGGGAGAGAAGGAACGAAGGCGGAGGUGGAAGUCUUGGCACGAAAGAGCAGAGAGAUUACCGGAAGCGGGAAGCUGACGAUCCUAGAGCGAGGCGGCAAUAG